UUAUCUGAAUUGCUUUUAUUACAGUUAUUAUUAAUGCAAUGUGCUCUUUGUCGGACAAAGGCACAAAAUGAGUUCUCAUUAUUAUUUUUGAUAAUAUUUUUUUUCGAAAUUUUACUGUAAGCAAGAACGUAACUUUCCAAUGUCUAAUAAACACAUGUUUGCAAGUCGGACCCUGUCUCUUAUUUAUUACCCCUCCCCUUUCUGUUGGUGUGUCAGAGAACUAGAGACCUCCUCAUUUGGACCCCCAUUUUUUUUUUUUUUUUUUUUGCGCUGGCGAAUCACAAAGUGUUGGCAUCUAUUGCCUUUGUCUGACAAGUCAUCCAUAUAAGCAAAAAGGGGGGUCUGCAGAGGGGAGGAGGGGGACGGAGAGGAGGAGAGGGAGAAGGAGGAGGAGGAGGAGGGUUGCAGCUUUUAGAACCACAGACACAGAGAAGAGGCUUCAUUCCCAGCUCCAAAAAUCCAGCCUCACGCACCCUAUUGCGCCAAGAAAGCCUGAAUCCGGCGUGCAAGCCUUUCUUCACCCGUGAAUCGAGCCCACCAGGACUGAGGACAUAUCGGGGGGCCCUGUACGGAGAGAUUCCUGCGAGACAACAAAAAAAGAAAGAAAAGAAAGAAAGAAAAAGAAAAAGGAACCCGGUUCGGUCGCUGGCAUGCUGUGAGAAUUACCUCCAGCUUUGAGAAGCGCUCCUUCGGUCAUGCAGUGCACCUGCAAGAAGACAUCCAGUUGACGGACCGGACUGCUGAAGAAAAAAAAGAAAAAAAGCGAGAGAGAGAGAAAGAGAGAGAGAAGAGAGGGAACUUUAAGGGGAAGAAGUUGCCAUCGGAUCGGGGCUGGAGGGGGGGUCCAAAUUAUAAGUCCCUCCAUCGAUUAGAAUCACAUUUUUUUUUCUCCACAAUUCCCCCCCUCGAUAGGAAGGCGAAACGGCGACUUCAGUUGAUUAUCUGUCUUUCCUUUGCUAUCCAAUGGAUAUUCACUGCAAAGCAGACCCCUUCACGGCAAUGCACCGGCACGGAGGUGUGAACCAGCUCGGCGGGGUGUUUGUGAACGGCAGACCCCUCCCGGACGUGGUGAGGCAGCGGAUAGUGGAGCUGGCCCACCAGGGCGUCCGGCCCUGCGACAUCUCCAGGCAGCUGCGGGUGAGCCACGGCUGCGUCAGCAAGAUCCUCGGCAGAUACUACGAGACUGGCAGCAUCAAGCCUGGAGUCAUUGGUGGGUCCAAACCCAAAGUGGCCACUCCGAAAGUAGUGGAAAAAAUAGCAGACUACAAGAGACAAAACCCCACCAUGUUUGCCUGGGAGAUCAGAGACAGACUGCUGGCAGAGGGCAUCUGCGACAACGACACUGUUCCCAGCGUCUCAUCCAUUAAUAGGAUCAUCAGAACAAAGGUCCAGCAGCCUUUCCAUCCAUCUCCUGAUGGAUCAUCGCUUUCAACGCCCGGUCAUACAAUAGUACCAAACACAGCUUCCCCACCCGUAACCAGCGCCUCCAACGACCCUGCGGGAUCCUACUCCAUUAACGGGAUUUUGGGUAUUCCUCGAUCCAACGGAGAGAAGAGAAAAAGAGACGACGAUGGUUCAGAUGGUUCUGGCCCAAACAGUGAUUCUCAGGGUAGCGUGGAGAGUUUACGGAAGCACCUAAGGGCAGACGCCUUCACCCAGCAGCAGCUGGAAGCUUUGGACCGGGUCUUUGAGCGCCCCUCGUACCCCGACGUCUUCCCCACCUCGGAUCAUGUCAAACCGGAACAGGUUAGUAGUUUCCAAGCGCCGCUCAAGCCUAUAGCCACCGCGGAUGUUCCAGCACCGCCUCCCGCCAGCCACCGCCGACGCUCGCGCGCCGUCCUCCACGCGAUCCGCUUUGAUGCCUUCGGCAGCGUUCCCUGGCGAUCCACCCAAAAUCUGGAGCAGAUUGGGCCAUGUGGCAAGGAGAUACAGCUUUUUGAUUAA